UUCAAAAUAAACCGUAUUUUAUGUAAAUUCUUUUUUCUUCUAAAGGAGGCUUUUUCUUUUAAUGCUUUGACACAACUUUGGGGGCUAAAAUAACCCUUUGUCACUAGACCUGCAAUUAUUGGCUGCACGAAAGUUCCAACUUCAAGCGCUGGGGAAUCAUAAGUAGCACGGUUUCACACUUCCCGACUUCAAUCUCCCGCCAUCUCGUAACGAACGAAUGGACCCAACAACAAAACUAACGAAAGCUCUCCUCAACAACGCUCACAAUCCAAAACUGGCAUGGCAUCUUUUCAAGCGCAUUCUCUCGCUACCCAUUUCAUCAAAUCACCGUUCUCAAUCGAUACCCAUUAUUUCCCGUAUCCUUAUUCGCUCAAAAAUGUUUAAUGAACUCGAUGAUCUUCAUCAACUUUUACUUAAUUCACCGUCACUCGAAUCCUCCGACAGUUCUCUAGAAAACCUUGUCACCGUUUUAGCUAAAUCGGGUUUCUUCAAUAAAGCCAUUUCACAUUUCAAAUCGUUGAGGUCAAAUUUUCCAGAAAAGCAGCCUUCUAUAUAUUUAUAUAAUGUUCUAUUAAAAUCUUGCAUCAGAGAGAAUCGUGUAGAGUUGGUGUCUUGGUUGUAUAAAGAUAUGGUUCUUGCAAGAGUAUCUCCAGAGGCUUAUACUUUUAAUCUUUUGAUUGGUUUACUUUGUGAUUCUGGUCAUUUAGAGGAUGCACGUGAGUUGUUUGAUAAAAUGCCUGCGAGAGGAUGUGAACCGAAUGAGUUCACUUUUGGCAUUUUGGUUCGCGGAUAUUGCAGAGCUGGUCUCGCUAGCAAAGGAUUGGAGCUUUUGGGUCAAAUGAGGACGAUGGGGAUUUUGCCGAAUAAUGUUCUAUAUAAUACCUUAAUUUCGAGUUUUUGUAAGGAAGGUAAGACUCAUGAUGCUGAGAAAUUGGUGGACAAAAUGAGGGAAGAUGGUUUGGUUCCCCAUGUGGAAACUUUCAACUCUAGGAUCUCAGCUCUUUGUGGCUCAGGGAAGAUUCUAGAAGCUUCUAGAAUUUUUAGAGAUAUGCAAAUUGAUGAAGAGUUGGGGCUGCCUCACCCUAACGUUAUAACAUAUAAGUUAAUGCUUAUGGGGUUCUGCAAAGAAGGAAUGUUAGAGGAAGCUAAGACUCUGGUUGAUACUAUGAAAAGAAAUGCUAAUUUUAUAAAUUUGGAGAGUUACAAUAUUUGGCUGUUAGGUUUGAUCAGAAAUGGGAAGCUCUUGGAGGCUUGGAUAGUUCUUAAAGAGAUGCUAGGUAUUGGGAUAGAGCCUGAUAUAUACUCUUAUAAUAUUGUUAUGGAUGGAUUAUGCAAGAAUGGGAUGCUCUCUGAUGCUAGAAUGUUGAUGGGAUUAAUGAUCCGUAAUGGUAUUUUACCCGAUACAGUAACUUAUAGCACUUUACUUCAUGGUUACUGCAGUAAAGGGAAGGUGUUUGAAGCUAACAAUCUUCUGCAUGAAAUGAUAAGCAAUAAUUGUUCUCCAAAUACUUAUACUUGCAAUGUUUUGCUUCACAGUUUAUGGAAGGAGGGCAGGAUAUCAGAAGCGGAGAAUUUGCUACAAAAAAUGAACGAGAAGGGUUAUGGUGUCGACACUGUCACCUGUAAUAUUAUAAUCAAUGCUCUAUGCAAUAAUGGACAAUUGGACAAGGCAAUUGAAAUUGUCAAUGGGAUGUGGACUCAUGGAAGUGCAGCUCUUGGUAAUUUGGGGAACUCAUUUAUUGGCCUAGUUGAUGAUACAAUUAGCGGAAAGAAAUGUACACCUGAUUUGGUUACAUAUUCAACCAUAAUCAGUGGUUUAUGUAAGGCUGGGAGGCUUGAUGAUGCUAAAAAGAAGUUUAUUGAGAUGAUGAGUAAAGGCUUACAGCCUGAUUCAGCUAUUUAUGAUACUUUUAUACAUAGCUUUUGCAGAGAAGGAAAGAUAUCAUCUGCAUUUCAAGUACUGAAGGACAUGGAGAAAAGAGGCUGCAACAAGACACUACAGACUUAUAAUUCAUUGAUACUUGGAUUAGGGAGUAAAAAUCAAAUAUUUGAACUGUAUGGAUUAAUUGAUGAAAUGAGAGAAAAAGGGGUUUCUCCUGACGUAUGUACAUAUAACCACAUGCUUAACUGUCUUUGUGAGGGAGGGAGAAUAAAUGAUGCCCCUUCUGUUUUAGAUGAGAUGCUGCAAAAGGGCAUUUCCCCAAAUAUUUCGUCCUUCAGAAUCUUAAUAAAAGCCUUCUGCAAGGCUUGUGAUUUUAAAGCAUCGCAUGAAGUAUUUGAGAUAGCCUUGAAUGUAUGUGGCCAUAAGGAAGCACUUUAUACUUUAAUGUUCAAUGAGCUACUUGUUGGAGGGAAAGUUGCUGAAGCAAAAGAGCUAUUUGAAACUGCCUUAGAUAGAUCUUUUGAUAUUGGGAACUUCCUGUAUAAAGAUCUGAUUGACAGACUUUGUAAGGAUGAAAAGUUGGAAGCUGCCAGUGAUGUUCUACAUAGGUUGAUUGAUAAAGGCUAUCAGUUUGAUCCUGCAUCAUUCAUGCCAGUGAUUGAUGGCUUUGGUAAAAUGGGCAAUAAGCAUGUGGCUGAUGAACUUGCAGAGAGGAUGAUGGAAAUGGCUUCAGAAAGUAAUAAGGAAAAUAAGGCCUAUCCUAAUGUGAAGGGUCACAUCCUUAGAAACAAAAAUAAGGAUGCUGGAAAUGAUUGGCCGAUAAUAGUGCACAGAGAUGAUGGCAGUGGAAUAGCACUGAAAGCUCUUAAGCGUGUCCAGAAAGGCUGGGGUCAGGGAAGUAUAUCAAGUUUGCAGCCCCAGAAGCUUGAGUUCUUUGAUUACUGGGAUGGAAGUGGUUAAAGUUUUGUGCCUUGAUACCAAUACUGAUACUUGAUUUGCUAAAUCUCAAGAAUUUCUUGACUCUCGAUGAGUGUGUUAUUGAAUUCCACUGCUGAGGCUGAGGGAUAUAUGGCCCUCACUCAUUAGUAUGUCUGUUAAUGCUGACUACACUUGUGAUGACACGUGAACAACCAUCUUAACAAUUGAGCAGAAAUGUAAUCGAGAAUACAGACAGGACCUGCAAGCCAGUAAAAGUUCUUGAAAGUGUUUAAUUGCCACAAUCAUCUUAUAUAAAGGAUGUACCAGACACCUCAAGGUUUUAGGUGUUGAACUGCUGGUUCAUUGUUCAUUUAAAGGUAACAGUAAAUGUGGCUCGAGCUCCACUGGCCGUAGAACUUGGCAAGGGUAAUAUCCCUGGCAUAAAAACAGUUAUUUUUGUUCUGCACGUAAAUUCGGCGCAUUUACUGUUCUGCAUGUUGCCAUAUGGUUUUAUUUGCAUAUAAAUACUGGUUAUAAUUUACUGUUAAGUUGGUCAGAAUAAGAAUUGGAAUUUGCUAACCAAGUCUAAAAAACUUUGUGCUAUGUGUUCAUCCUUCUAUUGCUGAUGGUAGUAAUAUGAGCUCGCUGUUUCUUCUUAGCUUCUCUUUUUUUUUUGCAGGUUAGCUUCUUCCCUCAAGUGUGCCAAUGUGGGCUUGGAAUGGCUUGUGUAAGAAUCAAUGAUAGUUGAUCGCAGGAGACAGAUCUAUCUGCUGCUUCCGGAUCUCUGGCUUUGUCAUCGUUGCUGCGCUCGAGCAUGUAUGCUCCUAAACUGAAAACAAAACCUCAAUUACUCUUGAAAUUGCAUUUGGUUUCUGAGAAACUAAGAAACUAAGGAAACUUUUCAUGGAAGAUCUUUGUCUAUUAAUUAUUGCCUAAGAUAUGAGAUUUUGUUGGUUAUUUGUUUAGAAUUAGAACUGUAACACCACAAGUUUAGAUUGGAAACAUAGAAUAUAUGUAGAUUUCGUACAUGCGAUUGUAAAUGGAUGAAAGUUCCAUUUUGUUUACUAGAAAAGAUUUACUGAAUGUUUUAUAUGGGAAAAGUACAGAAACAUACCAUGUUAGGUAUUCUUACA